AUGACUGACUUUUCACACGACGACCCCAACACUCUUCGUAUCCUCAUAGUUGGGGAAAGCAAAGUUGGAAAAACUUUUUUUAUUCGUCGUUUGUGCUACGAUGUCUUCACCUCCUCAGCCUUGAGCGAGGCGACGAAGAGUCUUUAUUGGGAUUGCGCGUGGCCUCCGACGAUUGGCUUUGCGGUGGAUGUCUUGGUUCGCGAUGCAUUAAUUGAAAAUCGUCUUCGGUCGCCUCUUCUUACCUCACCAAAAGCAACGCCGCCUUUCCAUUUCGAUCAUUUCCUUAGUGAAGAUCAACUUUAUGGCGGUAUUGAGGAUUCCUUUCCGGGAGCUUGUAGUCGAGAUGAGGCAAUAGGGGAAGUGGGUAUUUCUCUGUGCACAAGAAAAAAAGGGGAGCAUCGCCUAUCUAACAGUCAAAGUAAUAUCCUCGCAAAAUCCUUUCGAACGCAGACAAUCGAGUUCUACGAGAUUGGAGGAAUACACACAUUUAGUGCGGGGGCGAUGCUCCCUCUGAAGGACAUUGAAUUCGACGGUGUUAUUUUCGUUUAUAAUCGCGCGAACGCGCAGAGCAGUAUGAAUCUGAAUGUGUGGUAUACUCAAGUGACAGAGUUUCUUUUUCCUACACAGGAGAAAAGACCACGUAUGAUGCUCUUAGGCGCAUUGCUGAAGCCCGCUUGUGACUAUUUGCCUAUUAUUCCAUGUAGACGCAAACGCCCGCCCGCGGUGAAUUCCCUACCAGAUGAAAUGUUGUUGGAUCCUUCCGUUCGUUUGCAAGUCUGGCAUCGGAUGGAAAAGGCGCACUCCUCUUCUUCUUACUCCUCCUUUUUUACCCCACCAUUAUGUGAGAACGCGUUUAUUCGUUGCCUGAAAAAAUUUUACUCCGCGGUGUAUGAGGUGUUUUUGCUCGUGCGCAUUUUUCUAAGUCCAUCUCUUUUAUUGUCGGAGAUGUUCCAGGAGGAGCGCGGGGAUGUUCAUUUUCACCAAUUGGUUGGAAAAAUGGAGUGGUGCGCGAGAUGGAUGUUGUGUAUCGAACACCUUAUUAGUUCCGUAAUGACGGUUUUGUUAUUUGGCAUCCCCGAAUCCUCUUGGCGGGAACCAUGCCAUAGCUCGAAAGCCGUGUUGAAUAAGAUUCAUGAGGACUGCCGCUGCAUCGUACACGUUCAUAUCUGCCAUCUGUACGAUCGUAUCGCAUUUGAAUCUUCUAUUGAUGAAAUUACCAGCUUUUUUGACACUUUACAUCAUGAUAAGAUCGCGCAUUAUCACAAGAACUACUGA